AUGGCAGCACAAGAAGGUGAUAUUGAUUUUUAUGCACUAUACGAUUCCGGUAUUGAUGAUGAUUUUAAAAUGCAAAUGUUACUAACAUCUCAGAAAAAAUGUGAUUUUGAUUGUAUUAGAAAUAUUCGAUUGGGCUUACACGAGGAUCGUUUAUUCGUAUCAAAAAUUUAUCAUUAUAAAUUGAAAUAUGAUAUGAAUAUGAAACAAGAUUUUGGUACAUCAUGUCCACAAUAUUAUAUACGUGUAUCACAACAAAAAACAAUUCAACCCACGUGUCAUUUUGAAGAUAAAACCAUGCGAUCGUUCAAUUUCCAAACACCUUCUCAUUUUAUAUUUUCAUUACAAUUUGAAAAACCUGGUGGUCUAACGUGGAGUCACUUGUCUACAUGUCCCGGUGAAAGUAUUUCAAUAUGGCAUCAAUUGUGGCAGUUUACAUAUUUUCUUAUAAUGGCAAACAAAUUACAUACAUUCGAAUCGUUUGUUAUGCAAUUUUUAGUUGCAUUACGACAACAUGGAGACGAAAAACUUGACUAUAAUGAUUUACAAACAAUAUUUAAAUAUUGCUACACAUAUAUCGGUAUCAUUCAAAAUGAAAAGGCCAAUAAUUCAGACGCAAUCAGUGCACUCAUCUAUAUGUUUGGAUUAAUGAAAAUAAAUACAUCAAAUAUUGUACCCGUAUGUUUGGAAGCACAAAGUUUGAUUACUAUUGUAUUACGAUCAUUUCUCACACAUAUCAAUAGUGUACUUGAUCGACAUCGAGAUCCACAUUAUAUAGACUCCGGUUUAGUGAAUCUAUUGUUUAUCGAAAUAUUGUCGAAUAAUACCAGCAAUGCCGAUAGUGAUACUGUAUUUAUAUUACGCCGACUGUCGAUUUGUCAACGCAAUGUUGUCAAUCAAUUAAUUUCAAAAUUAUUCAAAUAUAAACCGUUGAUCAAACGUGAAAAUUGGUUGGAUCUAUUUACGCUAACACAAAAUCAAACAAUUCCCGUUGAAUGUCUAACGUUGAUUGCAACAUUCAAAGAUUAUAUGACAUUUGCUACGUCGAUGGUAUCACAGAAACAAGAACAUGAAUCGGAAGACGAUUUAAAAAAGAAAUUAUUAUUGGAAUUCAAUGAUCUAUUACGAAAACAUCAAUUUGAAAUCAACUGUCAAAGUAUUAUUUAUAUAUUAAAAACAUUACACAGCUACGUCGACAAUUCACUGUAUACACGCAUGAGUCAUUAUAUAUUUGAAAAUAGUGAAGAAUUACGAACACAAAUACAAAAUUACCUUGUCUCAUCUGCAUCCAUCAAUUUUCAUUUGGAUGAAAUCAGGGAUCUAUUUCGAUAUAAUAAUCUGUUUAUCUUGCAAAACAUCGAUGAUAAAACAACGUUUCUGCUCAAACAUUUGAAUAGAUCAUCACUAGCUGGCUCUACUACUCGAUCAAUUGAUUUUUAUAUCAAAUGGUUUGAAAACUUCAUUUGUGAUUCACAUUACACGCAAACCAAACCUGAAUAUGAUGAUUUUCAACGUCUGUUCGACGGCUGGCUACAACAUAUUAAACAAAAUCCAUCAUCCUUGUUCGACAGUAUUCUUCAAUCCAUUGAUCAAUUAUUGAGUAAACUGCCACAAUCGUCAAUAUCCGAUGAACGAAUGAAAUAUAUUGUACGAUCAAUAUUGAAGUACUGUUUUGAAUCGAGAACAAUGGAAAGAUACACAAUGAAUAUCAUAUGUAUCGAUGUCAAAAAUAAUUAUUUCCUAAAUGAAUACAAAGCAAUGUAUACGACAGAUGUUAUUGAGCCGAACCGAGAUAAAUUGAAGCGAAUGAGUAGUGAUAAUCCACUGUAUGGACUCGUACAAGAAUAUAAAAUAAAACCAAGUGAUCUGUUGAAACAACUGAUUGAACUGUGUACGACAAAGAUCACAAUCGACAGAAAUUAUGCUAUCAACGAUGUACUCAAGGGUGAUCGUCAAUCAUUUAUUUCAACAAUUCUGUCGGCACCUUGUUUCAAAGGUACGCAAAUUCAUCAAACUGUCAUCUAUCUACUGCUCGAAAUCCUUACGUCAUGGUCACGGGAUGGUAUGAAAUACGAUGAUUUACAAAGAGUGUUACGUUACAAUAACAAUCAAAAGAUGAAUUUCGGUAAAGUUUGGGAUUAUGUGAAUACGUACGCCACAGAGAAGACGAAUAUUUAUCAGUUGAUCGAAAGUACAACAAUAGAUAUGAAUACUAAAAUGAAAAUAAUCAAUGUAAUUGAUACAUGCCUCAAGCAGUAUUGUGUCAAUUCAAAUGAUAUAGACACAUACGAAUCAGCCUUGAACGAUGUAACCACACAACUGAAUGUUCAAUCGAUUCGAUCCGUGAAAAUACCCGAUGGUCUAAUGCAAAUGCUGCUGUUUGCUAAUGAACUCAAUCCAUAUGGGAAAUCCACAACGUGGCAACAAUAUCAACACGAAAACUCCAUAGUUCAGACAACCUGUCUGAAUCAUUUGACAGAAACAAGCAAGCUGUUUAAAAAAUUCCAGCAUGAACUUGAUGUGUCAUUCCAAUGGGAAACAAGUACAUUGGAACAAAUAGUUCGUCGAUUUAAAACCAUCGGCUUCGCAGUCGAUCUCGAACUGGAUCGAUUGAAAAAGAUCAUGCCUUCGCUGGACGAACUCAGACCUCUAUUACACUAUUGGAAAUCUCGAGAUUACAUCACUAAAGUGUGCCACGGUUGUUUGCAAAUAAUUUCUCUCUAUAAACUAUCCAACGAUGAUCAUUAUUCCAUUAUAUCUAACAAUAUUUUGUCAUUAACUAUACAAACCAAUGGUGACGCAUGUUAUCAAUAUUAUCGAGAUUAUUGUAAUGAGUUUUCAUCUAAGCACGAAAAACUCAUUCUCAAUUUAUGUGCACAGUAUUAUUCGGCUUAUGAAUUGAUCAGUUUUCUAUCCGAUCGAACAGAAAAUGAUAUGAACAAUCUACACGAGGGUGCCAAUGAUAACGACGAUACAAUGAUUACAACAGAAAAUGUUAGUGAUUUUGAACUUAUACAUCUAUUUCUUCAUCGCCUGAAGCAAUCGAAUAUUCACACAUUCGAUGAUUUUAUUCAAAUUGCUCAAACAUUGCUUAGCACUAAUAACACCAUUAUACAGAAACUGGAAACAUGUACAUCGCUGCUUGCUGGUCUUCAGCAAUUGUUUCUAGAACUGACAGACAAACAAGAGUCGAAGCGUCGAAAAAUCUUCCUUAUUGUUACUAAGUCAUUUAUUCAAUUUAAGAAAAUGUCACCGAAGAAUAUUGAUGUUUGUAUCAACACAACUUCGCAAUUAUUGUCGUCGAACGAUAACAGUUUAAAUUAUCUGGAAAUAUGUGAAUUGCGUGAUCGUGCACGACUGAUCGAACAUUCAAAUAAUCAUCAAGUGAAACGAACUACGAAAAUGGAUAAAGAGUUAGAAAAAAAAAUGCUACCUAAUUUUGUACAAUUUGUGAAUGUGAUUGAAGAACAGUUGAAACAACUGAAUGAAUUGGCUUCUAUGGGAUAUCCAACGAUAGAACAACUAUGCAACAGAACAUUUGAAUGUACCGAAUGCCUGUAUGUUGAACUCGAAUUUUUUUCUACGGAAAUACACGAAACUCUUAGAAGAUGGAAACGAAAGGUAUACGAAGCAUAUAGAAAAUAUCCAAAUUUAACUAAUUUUUUUGGAACACAAUUUUGGAUACUGGAAGAAUAUUUAUCACAAAUCCGUACAUUAGAUGAAAAACAUCCCGGUUAUCAUCUAUUACAAUACCUUGGUAUUCCAAACUUAAUUCACCAUGCAGUUCAAAUGUAUUCACAGGACCUGGAUGCUGAAGAGCGUUUGGAAAAUUUGGGUAAGAUAAUUGCUGAUGAACAAGCCGAACUACAACCACGACAGAUGAGCAAUACUGCUGUGACAAAUAAAAAUAUUGUCGUUGUUGAAACAUCAAAUCAAGGUCUCUAUCGUGGCGUCAUCUCGUUGUUUCGUGACAACAUUGACACAUUGAAAAUGAAUCAGUUACUGUUUUGUACCAUGGAUACAAGCUGGAUUGAAAUUCAAUCGUUCAUCUAUCGUUGCAUGUAUUCUACACACCAUUUACUCUAUCAAAUCAUUCAACCAGAAUUAUUAUCAUUUCACAUUCAAGAUCAAGUGUGCCGAUUGAUUAAAGAAUUGAUGGAAGAAGAUAAUGGUAGUAAACAGUUUUACUUAGCACUCAUCACAACCGAUAUUCGUAUCCAUUUGGUAAACGGUUUGAUUCAUACAGAUACAGCGAAAUUUGUACACGAUACUGAACUCGUUGACGAAUAUCAAUUAACGGAACUGAUUCAACGAAAAGUAAAACAUUGCCAUGUGUAUUCGUCGAAAAUAACCGGACAAGGUAAAACGACAUCAAUAAAAAAUUUUAUUAGACAAUCGAAUAAGGGUUAUGUCAGCUUCCCUUUGUCAGGUGAUUUAAAUUUGGAUCAGAUUGCUAGACGUUUACUUGAUCACGGAUCUAUAUUGAAAACUUCCGCCAUUCAUUUCGAUAUUGGCAUUGUCAAUGAUAUUAAUCUAUUGAACAAAAUUCUAUUCUCAUUGUGUUUUCUUCGUAGUUAUUGUUUUUCGAACACAUACGUUCACAUACCCGAUGAGACUAUAUUCUGUUUCGAAUUAGAUUCAUUCUAUUUUGAUAAUGAGCAACAUGAAAUCAUUCUAUUUCGAUAUAUGAAACAUACAAAUAUUGCGAAACUGAAUUGGAAUGAUAUGAUUUUAAAUCAAAAACUGAAAUUUGUCGUCAAAUAUCUACGUGCAGUUGAAAACAACACCAUUCAACAUGAUGAUAUAACAUUUGGAGAUACGCAUAGAAUCGAUCUAGACACUUGUAUACAAUUGUUGAAAAUCUUUUUUCUCGAAGGUAAAAAUCAAAAUUAUCUCACAUGGACACACUUGCAUAUAUUCAUAUCCGUAUUUUAUACAUUGUUCAAUGGAUUCUCAAAAUGUGGAUAUUUUCUUGUCGAGGAAAUACCGAAUCCACAACUGCGUACGGAUAUUGUUAUGGCACUAAUUCAAUCGGGGAAUCAGUUUACGACCAUGUCCGUUGAAACUGUUCGCAAAAGACAACAAAAUCCAUCUUUACAAUAUUCAAGUGAAAUGUUGACAGACACGGUUCUUCGCUGGUCGGAAACACAACCAUUUACAUUAGUAUUCACCGAUACAUACGAUCCGAUUUUCGUUUAUAAAACAUUGAACGCUGUACCGUACGCAUUACGACAGUAUUUUGAUGCCUAUCGACAAUUAUCUAGGAAUCAAACGACUGUUGAUGAAAACGUUCGAUACAAUGUACUUAUCGAUUACAAUAACGCCACUCAUACACAAUUCUUUACGAAACUAGCGUCAUUGUCGAAAAAAUUCCUAAACAAAUCCAUUUGCACAAAAUGUUUUAAACAAUAUGCGUAUGAAACUGAAUUGUGCACCAAUUGUUGUCCUCAACAAGUUUUACUCCGUCCGGCGAAAAGUUUAAGUACAGCAGAUGUCACUUAUUUUCAAUUUCAAAUAGCACAACUGCUCGAAUUAGAAUAUGUGAUUACCGCUGAUAAUUUCAUCAAAAUGUUAUUGAUUUAUUUAAGGGCACAAAGUGGCCUUCCUGUACUAAUUAUGGGCGAAACAGGCUGUGGAAAAACGGCAUUGAUUACUUUUUUAUGUCAGAAAAUUCUCGACGAUGAAUUGGAGGUAUUGCGUAUUCAUUCCGGUAUGACAAGUUUACAAAUCAUCGAUAAAAUGGAACAAUUCAUUACCAAAGCCAAUACAUUUAUUGCACCCAAACGGUUGUGGAUAUUUUUUGAUGAAUUUAAUACAACAGCAAAUAUUGGUCUCAUCAAAGAGAUCACAUGUGAGCGAACAUUGUUGGGAAAACCAUUGCCGAACAAUCUUGUCCUGUUGGGUGCAUGUAAUCCGAGUCGUCUGAAAAUGAGACGAGACGGUAAUGAAAAUGAUGUGGAUCAAAACGAAGUUGGUCUGCCGAUUGAUCAUUAUGAAAUGCAACAAUUAUCUAAUAGUGAUCGACUUCUGUAUACUGUUGUAUCCAUUCCGGAAACAAUGAUCGAACACAUAUGGGAUUUUGGAUUUUUAACACCACAGGCUGAACGAAAGUACAUUGAAACAAUCAUCGGUCAAUGUGAAAGUGACUUGAUCAACGAUAACAGUUGGUAUCAGACAAUAGUGACUUUGAUAUGUGGAUCACAGAGUUACAUGAGACGAACUGAAGAUGUGUCUAGUGUCAGUCUGCGAGAUGUUGUCCGUUAUCGACAAUUGUACAAUUGGUUUCAGAAAUCCAUUCGAAGUCGAACAACAAAAUCCACGUUAUCCGAGACAGUACGAGCAUCGUUAUUGGCCUUGUUAUUCUGUUACUAUUUACGUCUGUAUUCUCGAAAAAAUAAACGACAAUAUCGUGAACUGUUGGAAGCCAGUUUACCCAAUCAUCUCAACGGGCUCAAUAUUGAAAAAAUAUUAGAAGACGAAGAAAAUGAUUUUAUCAAGCGUAUGAUUUUACCAAAAGGUACAGCAGAAAAUCGUGCUCUACGUGAAAAUAUAUUUGCCGUAUUGAUCUGUAUAAUCAAUGUUAUACCGAUCAUUAUAUGUGGGAAACCCGGUUGUAGUAAAACAUCGGCCGUACAAAUUGUUCUGAAUAAUCUGAAAGGCAAAAAGUCCCAUGACAAAUACUUUCAAACACUGCCCGAACUACGACCAGUUUCCUAUCAAGGUUCAACGACAUGUACAUCGGAAAAUGUUGAAAAAGUAUUUGAACGAGCAAAGAAAAUCAAUGAAAUUAAGUCCGAUACAUACUUGCUGUCGGUAAUUGUGUUUGAUGAAAUUGGUUUGGCCGAAUUAUCACCGUACAAUCCGUUGAAAGUUUUGCAUUCCGAAUUGGAAAUUGAAAAUUGUAAAUAUGGAUUUGUUGGAAUUUCCAAUUAUCGUCUUGAUGCAUCCAAAAUGAAUCGUUUUCUGUUCUUGGCCUGUCCCGAUCCCGAUGUCGAUGAUUUAAGUCUGACAGGACAGAUUAUUCGUAACAGUCUGACUGAUAAUACGACAUAUUUGACCAAUGGAAUGAUGUUAAAUUUAGCCAAUGCCUAUUUAGAUUUAUUCAUGAGUUUGAAACGGGAGAAGAAAAAUGAAAAUUAUUUUGGCCUUCGUGAUUAUUAUUCGCUGAUUAAAGGUAUUGUAAAGAAAUUUGAUAAAAUAACUGAUGAUCAACUCAUUCAAUCGAAACAGUACGAAAUCAUACGAACAGAAAUGAAAAUCAAUUUUGAUGGGAUCAUCGAUGGAUCCAUAUACAUGUGGAACAGCUUUUGUGAAUAUUUAAAUCGGAAUGAAAUAAUAAAUGAAUAUCAACCUCCUAAUAUGAAACAAUAUAUUGAUCAAAGUUUGAAACACCGAAAUGGCCGGUAUUUGAUGUUGAUAUCGGAGACAGAAAGUCUGUUCGAUUAUAUUGAACGGUAUUUAAAUAAACAUGAAAAUAAUGUUCGAACAUUGAUUGGUAGUCAGAUGUGUGACGAUCUGCACAAAGAAUCGUACGGUUAUCGUGUAUUGAUGAACAUUAUUUUGUAUGCAGAAACGAAUAUCACUUUGAUAUUACGAAAAAUGGAUCAUUUGUAUGGAACUUUGUACGAUUUAUUUAAUCAAAAUUUUUCAUUAUAUGGUGAACGAAAAUAUUGUCGAAUAGCACUGGGUGCCACGUAUCAUCCACGCUGUUUGGUCAAUGAUCAAUUCUAUUGUGUCAUAUUGGUUAGUUCAAAAGAUGUGGAAAAGGCAGCUGCACCGUUUCUCAAUCGAUUUGAAAAACAUCUUAUCCACUUUUAUGAUCUGGUCACACCAAAACAACUGAAAAUUACCGAUAGCCUUCUCAACUGGAUCAGUAAUCUGUUACAAUUACGAUCGAUACCCAAACAUUUUCUAUUACCGCAACAUAUAAUUGUCAAUUUCAAUUGUGACUAUGUAUGCAAUCUUGUGCUGGAUGCAUGUGAAAAGUACAGUGACGACAAUGUCGAUAUGGACGAGAAAGCUGUAACUGAAUAUUGUGUUGAUCAUUUUCUCCGUUCAAGUACACAUGAUUUUCCAUUGGUACUCGCUUUGAACAAUGACGACCAUGGAGAUCUCAUUGAUAAAUAUUAUCACAUAAAAUCCCAACGAAAUUUCCAUCAAUUGAUACAAGAAACAAUGGAACCAGUCAAACAAAUUAUAUACACUUAUACACAAAUAUACGAGAAAAUCAAUUAUCCCACUCGUGAUAAUAUUGUGGAAGAAAUUAAAUUGGCCAAUUAUACAUCGGAAUUGGAAUUAACAAAUAAAAUGAAACAAUUUAUUCAAACAGCAAACAUCAGAUUUCUGUUUAUUCGUGUGGAUUAUCACAAUGAACAAAAUCAUAUUCUCACACUGAAACAUUGUAUAAUGAAUGUUUUCAAUGAAUUUAUUCAAGAUAAACAACAACAGAAAAUGGGUUUAUCGUCGAAAAAUAUUUGGAUUUUAUUUCAUUUAAAACGAAAUUUAUUGAAUGAUGAAAAAAAUAAUGUUUUAUUCAACGGAUGGUCAAUUGAUAUGAUCGAUGAUUUAAAUCAGGACACAACACAGCUUAUCACCGCCGAUAUUCUACAAAACCCAUCGUAUCAAGAUGUCAUUCGACAAACACAAUAUUCGGCACCAGGCAUCAUGUUUGGCGAAUUACUGGAUCGUUGUCUGUCUAAAUUUCGUUACAAUAUCACAAAUUCAUCAUUGCAAAUGGAUAUCAAUCUACGACGUAAUCAUCUAUUACAAUCAUUGAUCAAUAGUGAGUUACGAACAAUCAUCGGGGAAAAAAUUGAAUAUCUGAUUAAAAAUUGUCAACAACAAUUGUUUGCAUCUGAUGAUUGGCGAAAAGAUCUCAUCACAAAUGGGACAAUCGCCGCCUCUAGUCGGUCAUUUCAACAUGCAUUUCAAUCAACAUUGACUUGUUUCUACGAUACCUACUUUCUUACUUUAUUUUCACAUUUUGAGCGGACAUCAAUGAUUGAUAGUUAUUUGUUUAUACAACAACAUGACAACAGUGGUGGGCUCUACAAUCAAAUUUGGUUAGAAUGUUUAAAUUCAAUCGUACAUAUAAUAACAAAAUUAACUCGUUUUAACAUGAACGAGUAUAUUGAAAUACCAUUUGUAUUCAAUUGUCAAUUUCCCUAUUCACCAAUUGAAUAUAAAAUUCUCACACAAAUAGCCGAUGAUCUUCGUGAUGAAAGAAUUAAUGUGACAAUGGCAUUGAAACAGUUAGAAAGGAGGAGUGUUUAUUGUCAAGAGCAUGUCAAUUUUCAUCAUAUCAUGAUAAAUGAAUAUCUGUUUCAACAAUAUUACCAUGAUCAAAUUCUUCUAUUUCUCGAUGACCAUAAGAUACAGUCAUUGUCGAUUGAUUUUGUUCUUCGAUUAUUGCACAACAGUCGCACUUCAGAAGAUAAAAUGAAAUAUUUUCUUGUUUAUCGUACGGAGUUACUUCAGUUGCUACAAAUAUUUGAAAAUGGCGCGUGCCUUCUCAAUAAUGAUAAAUAUGCCAUGAUGAGCCUCAUUGAUGAAUCCAAUUUUGUUAUCGAAGAGAAAAACGUAGCAGAACAACGAAAUCUAUUUACACUGGUAUUGGGUGACGAUAACCAAUAUAAUCAAAUUUCACCACAAUCAUCGGAAAAAAUCCUAUUUGACCAGUCGGAUGGCGAUCCACUCAUUGAAAAUAGUCUCAUGAACCUCAUUCACACAAUAACACAUUUCAAUAUCAUUCAAAAUUGUAAUGAUAUUACAAACCUGUCUACAAUCUACAACCGUAUUGUUCAAAGCAUUAAAAGUCUCGAUCGUUAUUCAGUGAACAAUUUGGACACCAAAACGGUAAACACUAAAAGGGUUUUUUCAUAA